UACAACUGUAAAUACGGAAGUGACGUUUUAUUGUUCUGAGUGCUAAAGCAGGCUAGCUCCCAUAAGAGAUGCAUGUAUAAUGCCAGAUAUGUUUUUGUGUUUGAUUUUGAAUCAGCAUGAACUCUUUAAACAUUUACGAGAAAAAGCUAUGCCUGUUAAACAUUCCCUUGCUGUGUUAAACGUGAUUUCUAGCUCGUGUUAGCUAACUCUCAUUAGCUGUGCAUUUGGAAGCCAUGGCAGAAAGAAAAGAGAAAACUUUUAAAUUUGUCGUCGUGGGAGGAGGCAUUGCUGGAGUCACGUGUGUGGAGCAGUUAUCAUCAAACUUCCCGUCAACAGACGUGGCUCUGAUUACAGCAGGUCGCCACAUUAAGGCGGUGACCAACUAUAAACAGGUGUCCAAAACGUUGGAGGAAUUUGAUGUUUUGGAGCGACCGUCCAGUGUUCUGGAGGAGAAAUUCCCCAAUCUGACUGUGAUCCACUCUGCUGUCAAAUCUCUUCACACGGAAUCUCAUAGUGUGGAAACGGCAGAUGGUCGAGUUUUUGGGUAUGAGAAGCUGUGCAUAUGCAGCGGCGCCAGGCCAAAGCUCCUAACUCAGGACAACCCUUAUGUGCUGGGGAUCAGGGAUACAGACAGUGCCCAGGAGUUUCAAAAGAGAUUAUCCAAAGCAAAGAGGAUUGUUGUCGUUGGAAACGGAGGGAUCGCCUUGGAAUUGGUGUAUGAGGUGGAGGGCUGCGAGGUGAUCUGGGUUGUGAAGGACAAGGCCAUCGGGAACACCUUCUUUGACGCAGGUGCAGCGCAGUUCCUUAUCCCGUCACUAGGGGCUGACAAACUGGAGGUUUCUGCUCCAUGUCGGAGAACUCGCUACACUACAGAGGAACCAGCGUCUGGAGGGGCUCAGACGUUCACUGCAGAUGCGACGCCACGUGGGCAGAGUUCUGGUACUGUAGGACCUGGCAGCGCUCUAGGUCCGGACUGGCAUCAGGGUAUCGUUCUACACGGAGCAGAACAGGUGUCCCGCUGCGUUUCAGUGGAAUACCAGUGUGAAGUAAAACAGAUCUUCACCUCUGAGGAUCAAACACUAAAACCUGAGAGUGUGGGAUCCUGGCCCGUUUACAUCCAGCUGACCAAUGACAAGACACUUGGCUGUGAUUUUGUUGUCAGUGCCACUGGCGUCGUGCCAAACACUGAGCCAUUUCUCCACGGCAACAGUUUUGCAUUGGUAGGGGAUGGAGGUCUGCAGGUGGAUGACCACAUGAGGACCUCAGAGCCAGACGUGUACGCUGCAGGAGAUGUCUGCACUGCGUGCUGGGAGCACAGCCCACUGUGGCAGCAAAUGCGUUUGUGGACCCAGGCCCGUCAGAUGGGCUGGUACGCUGGGCGCUGCAUUGCAGCAGAUGUCCUCUCAGAACCUGUCGACCUAGAUUUCUGCUUUGAACUCUUCUCACAUAUUACCAAGUUCUUUAACUACAAGGUAGUCCUGCUGGGGAAGUUUAACGCUCAGGGACUCGGGUCUGAUCAUGAGCUGCUGGUGCGCUGCACUAAAGGCCAGGAGUACAUCAAGGUGGUCCUCAGCAGGGGGAGGAUGGUGGGAGCAGUGCUGAUUGGAGAAACAAACCUGGAGGAGACUUUUGAAAACCUGAUUCUCAACCAGAUGGAUCUGACUCCUUAUGGAGAGGAACUGCUCAACCCCAACAUUGAUAUUGAGGACUACUUUGACUAAAUACCAUGAAUGUGUUUGAGACUUAGUAAGCAAGAGCUUAUAAUGGGCUGUAUUGUUUCUUAUCAGUGCUAAUUUAUUUUAUCUUGAAAAAGAAACUUGUCAGAAUGACUUGCUGUUAGAACGAUGUAAACUUGGGGUUAACUGUUGCUUUGUCAUUUUGAUUAUGCAAAUACACCGAAUGAGACACAUUCUAGUACAGAGCGCGUCUAUCUUUAAUCCUAAAUAAGUAACUACAUGGACAAGACAACAUUUUGGGUGGAAAGUUCCAUGUGACCCUUCCUGACACCUCACCUACUUUAUGGCAUUAAAACUUGUAAGGAGAAGGACAGUAUUGGGUGUGGAGCAAACAAAACAACUCUUACAAACUCGAACGUAGCAACCUUCUGGGAAUCAUGCUAGACUCAUCCUGAGGUUAAUUUUCCAGAAUUAUAGGAAUUUUAGGUGGAGAUCAUUCACAGCAAAACCCUUGGUGGUUGUAUGUGAUAAGUUUUAAAAACGUACACUAAGGCAGAAUCUGAGGGGCAAUGGGUAGAGUUGAUAAACACUUUUUCUUGCUUUUUGUCCUGUUUAACAGUUGCAGCAUUUAGUUACUUGGAACUAGAUGUGAAUAAAGUUUUUUAAAGAGUCUAAAAUGUGAUGUUUUGUUCUGACCUCAGGUACAGAACAUACUAAAUUAUUCCUGAAUGUACAAAAGAAAAGUCUUUAGAACACCAAUACCUUCACCAAAAUAAAAAAAGUGGGCAAAAGGAGUUUUUGCCAGUAAACA